AUGAGUUCUUUAGAGGAUGAUGGUGGAGAUAACUCUAAUACACGAUACAGGAGAAGUAAUGAACCUGCCUUUGGAAGAGCGCAUGGAGGCAAUUCCUGGAGGGCAGCUCCAAACUGGACUUCACAUGUACCAAAUGGAUUUGUUCCCUUCCCACCUGGGCCAGGUCAUGGAGCUUUUCAAACAAUGAUGCCACAGUUUUCAUCUCAACCUCUCUUUGGCGUUAGGGCUCCAUUGGAUGUUAACCAUGCUGGUAUUCCCUACCAUAUUGCUGAUGCUGACAGGUUUCCAGGUCACUUGCGCCCACUUGGGUGGCCAAAUAUGAUGGAUGGUACAGGUCCUGCUCAUCUGCAUGGAUGGGAUAACAACAAUAAUGGGAUUUCCAGAGAUGAUCCUCAUAUGUAUGGUGGUUCUGAUUGGGAUAGAAGCAGGCACCCAACAAAUAGCCAUGGAUGGGAGUCUGGUUCUGAGAAUUGGAAAGAACAGAAUAGCGAUUCAAAGAAAGACUUGCCUUCACCAGCCUGCAAAGAUGAAUCGGUUCCUGCUGUUGACAAUGGUGUGCCUCACCAGACCACUCGGGCUCAGGAAGAACACAAACAUGAUGAAUCUCAUGAAAAAUCUCCUGAAACAAAGUUGUCCAGUGUCAGUUCUCCAAAAAAAGUACCUUUGAACUCCUUGACCACAACUGAUUUUGAAAAGGUGCCUGAUACUUUGAUACCUGAAGACAAUUCUUCUCUUUUUACCCGUUUCUACCUUUUCAAACUUGACAUUUCAGAAGACCUAGUACUGCCAGAGUUGUAUGACCAGUGUGUAUGUGCUCUGAAUGUUGGCAAGAAAGCAUCCAAGGAUGUUGUUGCUAGUACUGAACUAUCCUUGAAGAAUGGUUCAAGGACACAGCAGCAUGCGCCGCCCCAAGGUGUGGUGUGUUUGUUUUUUUUAGUUUAA